GUAAACAACAUAAUGUCCACUUUGAAAAAAGAAUUAAUUUCCUGUUCACUUUAGUACGAAAGCGAAAAUUUGACUUGCGAGAAUUUUCACUUCACAUUGUUUAUGGACGGACAUGUUAAAGUAUUUAAUCAUUUAAUCAUGUUCUAUAUUGACAUUGUUUAAUAUUCCGUUUUCAACUGUAUAAAUAAUAAUAUUUAGGAAAUUAUCAAACACAGGCAAAAAUACUUAGAUCUUGUUAAAGAAAUUCAUCAGGUGGGAGAAAUAUAUCUACAGGAAAAAUGAACAUGUUUCAGACACAGUUUCUGGCCUGUAUUUUCUUACUAAACUUUAGUAAUAAAGUGUUAUCAUUUCCACAUUCGAUGAUCAAAGCAAUCACCACCAGUGAUUCUGCUGCAAAUGCCACAGACAAUAAGCAUAACAUUUCAUAUGGCACAAAUGGACAAUUUUAUGAUGUAAACUUUAAUUUGAAAAAUGAAAGCUGCAAUUUUAAGGUGAAAAACGUAUCUAAAAUUGAAUUCACUUAUAAUAUUUUAAAAAAUCGGUAUAAUUUCGUUUAUUUAAAACUAAACUUUGUAAACUUUAGUGUUAAUGCUUCACGAAAUGUUAUUUCAAAAACGGACUGGAUCUGGACAUACAGAGGAGAAAAGGGGGCACAUCAAUAUCUUUACAUACCAGAAGAUUUUGGUUAUCUAUCAUUUGGAUUACUUUGGGCACAUACAAUGAAAGAAAGAUUGACUGUUGAUAUAGAAAAAUCUGGUGAUUGUAAGAAUCUUAUAAUAGGCAAUGAAGAUACAGAUAAUCAAAUCGGACAUGCAUUGGGCGACAUGACAUCAGAAAUAGCUUCAAAACAAGAGAUGUAUAAUUCUAGCCUGUGGUGUUACUAUAAACGUACUUGGACACACUCAAGUUUUCUAUAUAAUUUGUGUAUGAAUUCUAUAUGUACAAUUCAAACAAUUGAAUAUGAAUGUUGCAAAUUUCAUUUUGAUUAUGUAAAAAAGAUACGAACAAUUCAAUGUCAUCAGGAGAGUUAUCAUUAUGGGACCCUUUGGUGGAUACUACCUAUUAUAGCAGGGAAUAUUUGUUUCGGCUUCUACCCAUUGCUAUUGACAAAACUCGGAAUGAAAAUAAAGAAAUUAUCAAAAACAUUGAAGAAAGAAAGAAGCAUUUCUUUAUCAAUGAAUUCAGCUACUGAAACAUUUGAGUCAAAUUCCGGACACAUUAAUACCGAUAGGUUAAAAAGAUCAGAUUAUCUAUCUCUGAAAUCAAAUCCAAUAUCAGUAUUUUCAACUUUAGUCUCACCUUUCUAUGGCUUGAUUCUGCAAGGCACAAAAGGUUCACGUGCCCUCAGAAUUUGGAUUAUCAUUCUCCCCAUGUGUUUAGCUGCGACCCGGGUUUUACUGGAUUAUAUAUAUGCUUACGAUUUUAUAGUAUCUGCUGUGCAAAAAGGUGCUCUUCUUGGAUUUAGUACACUUUUAGCUGGGGCACACGAAGCAAGAAAAUAUUUUAUAUAUGCUUUUGGGGGUCCAAUUGUUGCUACUUCUAUCUGUUUUUUAUUUGGAUGUCUACUGAUUGUUUUUCCUUCAAAUUUAGAGAAUUUCGUAGCAGCUGGAAUGGUUGGACACGUAAAGCAGUUUCUAUUUUUGAUGAGGAUGCCGCUAAAGCUAAAGGAACAUUUAUCCGGAUUAAACAUCAGGCGUCAUAAGGGAUGCAGAAAAAUUCAUCAUCUCUUUUUAGCCCAGAUUUUUAUGUUAAUAAAUUUUCAGUUUUGGACACAGUCCAUAAAGUUAUUUCGUAUAAGGUGGGGAAAUAAGAUAUUUUUGAAAGUAUACAAUUGUUGGCAAAGCAUGUACGUCGCCGUUCUUCAUUGUGCCAUUAUUUUGCCGUUUUACAUGGUGUUUUGUUUGGCUGAGCUACUUCUAGCUGUUCUAUAUUAUCUUUUUCCUGUAGUCAACUGUUUUUUCAUUUUAUUGAAGUCUUUUUGCAUUCACUACAAUAAUUGUUUUCAGCAUAGGGGUUUGAUUAUGAAAUGCCUUCAACGUUUACUUUUUAUGCCAAUGAUUUUCUUAUUUUUCAUUUCAUGGUAUACGUAUUGUAUCACUUUCUUUGAUGGAUUUUGGUUUUUGUCUAAAAUUGCCAUGCUAACAUAUAGUGGCAUCUUUGCAUAUCCACACCUUUCUUACGGUUACCUUGUUCUAGCGUUCAUGACUUUGUUUUAUGUAACAGAGAGUAUCAAUGCUUUCAGCGAGAGUUACAAAGACCUUUUAAAAAUGAGUUUAGAAUUUUGUGAAAAGUUUCAAAAUAAACAUAUUGAUAAUGCUGAAAUAGAUCAAAUAGCAAUCAAAGGCAUACGAACUAAAUAUGGCAUUAAGAUUGAUCUUUUCUAUUUGAUCAUAAAUACAAAUUUACCCAGGAGAAAUCAAUUAUUUAUUACAAUAUUAAAAUUGUCAUUAGUGAUAUCUGUUCUUGUAGUAUCGGUGAAGUUACUUGUUGCAUUUGACAAAUUCAAAGACUUAUCCAUCGUGACGCACGUGUUCACUGUUUUGUUUGUAUGUGCAUUGCCUAAAAUUAUAAAAACGAUGUGUUUGCAAAAAUAUAGGCUUAGAGCAAGAGAAGAAAUGAAGCAAAGAGUCUUCAAAACGAUAACAUAUUACGUAAGAAACAUUGAAAGACGUGAACAAGACUCUGAGGAUGAAUAUCACUAUAAUUUGAGAACAUCUGGACAAGAUUCUUCCAUGGCUUGCGUUGCAGAUACUCGGGAUUCUGAUACAGAAUAGUCCAAGUGAAUAAAACUUUCUCACUUGCGGUGGAUUAUUUUUUAAUUAUGCAUGCUUUUAUUUUGUGCUUAACAUAAAAUUGUAUUGAAAUAAUAUUUUAUAAUAAAUUAAAAUGGCUAAAUAUGUA